GCUUACCGCUCGUUCCCGAGAGUGACAGCUCGUGAGGACACGGGAGCGCGGAGGGAACGGCGCCGCCCCAGGGACACGGUGACCGGACUGUGGCGGCACACCGGGGGAGAGUCGGGAAGGUGACUCGGCUGCAUGUGUCUCUUACAGACCGCACUACGUGAUCCUGGCGGUUAUUGGCGGACGAUGUAUGUGGCUUCUUCUGAUGGUAAACUGAAUGAAGACCUUUUGGAAUUUGGGAGAAACAAUAGCAUCUUGUUGUGAAAACGUCUGGGCUGCCUAUAGCACCUGUGGCCGGUGAUCUGUCCCCUGUGUGCAGUGCAGGGGACGUCCGGCCUGCUGAGCAGGUUUUCUGCCGGUUUGGUCUGCAGGGAACUGGCCUGUGUGUGUUUUGGUUGUGUGCUGGGAGUACAGCGGCAACGCUCGUGUAAACGGCUGAAUAUGAAAUCCCAGUCAUUGUCCAUGGAUUAGUUGCUGCGCUGGUAUCUGGAAGUCGGGAGAGGAGGUGACGGGAUGGCGUCUCGGGAGCGGCUCUAUGAGCUGUGGAUGCUGUACUGUAACAAGAAGAACCCCGACUACCUGCGGCUCUGGCUGGACAGCUUCGUCUCCAGCUAUGAACAAUUCCUUGAUGUUGAUUUUGAGGAGCUGCCAACCAGGGUUGAUGAUGAGCCGCCGGCACUGUCCCUACUCCCCGACCACAUCCUGCGAGUUCUCCGGCUGCAGCUGCUGCAGUGCGUGGAGAAGACUGCAGAUGGGCUGGAGGAGGAGCAGCAGGCGCUGUCUCUUCUGCUUGUCAAGUUCUUCAUCAUCAUCUGCAGAAAUCUGUCCAACGUGGAGGAGAUCGGAUGCUGCUCGUACAUUAACUAUGUGAUCACAAUGACCACGCUCUACGUCCAACAGUUGAAAAGUAAAACGAAGGAGAAGGAGGUGACGGACCAGGCCCCUAUGGAGGAGUUUGUGCGGCACGCAUUGGCGUUCUGUGAGAGCCUGUAUGAUCCGUAUCGGAACUGGAGGCACAUUGUGGCUGGGGGGACUGUAUGUCUGGUGGAGAAGAGCAGACAGAAGUACAAAGCUGCCACGCUGACCGUGGAGUUCAUACCCUUCUUUUACCAGUGUUUCCAAGAAAGUGAACAUCUCAAAGAAAGUUUAAAGUGCUGCUUAUUACAUCUCUUUGGAUCGGUAUUAUCAGGAGGGCAGCGGAACGCUCUGCAGGUCAUUUCCCCGGCCACCAUGGAAGUUCUGAUGCGAGUGCUGGCAGAUUGCGACACGUGGGACGAGCGGGACCCAGAAGAAGUGAGCCGCAAGGCAGAACUGACCCUGAAGUGCCUGACUGAGGUGGUGCACAUUCUCCUGGUCAGCAGCUCCGACCAGCGGCAGGUGGAAAUCAGCACCAUCUUAGAGAAUUACUUCAAGCUGCUGAACUCUGACCACUCUGCGUUACCGAGCGGGCGAGGGUCCCGGCAGUGGGAGAGCAGGUUCAUCACACUACAGAUAAAGAUGCUACAUCACAUGACUGCGAUGCUGAACUGCAAGGACCGGCCGGUGCUGCAGGCCAUCUUCCUAAACAGCAACUGCUUCGAGCACCUGAUCAGGCUGCUCCAGAACUGCAGGCUCUUGUUAAACGCUAACACUAGAGGGGCAGACAAGAGUGAGAAAGACCUUGCCAACAAAUUACUGACAGAAAUGACUGACAAUCAGGUGUUUCAGGAACAGUUGGACUCUUUGUGCGUGUCCACAAUUAAGGCGCUUACAGCUGUGAAACACAAAUCUCCUGGGGCAAAGGAAGUGUUUAAGGAAAGAAUCGGCUACACUCACUUACUGGAAGUGCUGAAAUCUCUGGGGCAGCCGUCGCGGAAGCUGCUGGAGGAGCUGCUAAACAUGGCUGUGGAAGGCGAGCAUACGUCGGUCGGCAUUUAUGGGAUAAGUAACGUCCAGCCGCUACUGCUGCUUAUACAAUGGCUGCCGGAGAUGGUGUCACAUGACCUGCAGAUCUUCAUCUCCGAUUGGCUGAAGAGAAUCUGCUGCAUAAACAGGCAGAGCCGCACCAUGUGUGUCAAUGCCAGUAUGGUCAUCCAUAUUAUAGACACCCUGAACUAUCACUACUCCCUACAUCCCACGUGUGCCGAGAACCUGAUCAGCCUCCUGGGCUCGCUGGGCUGCCAAUCCAUGGGCUCGGAAGAACUCUUUCAUCUUAUUGCCCUGCUGCGGACAGAUGAGCCCAAGAAGAGUCACCCCUACGUUGUUCCGGUGACCCGGGCGAUGCUCACCAUUGCCCGCAAGCAGGGGUUGGAGAGCGCCUUGCAGUACUUUAACCUGUCCCAUAGCUCCUCAGGAAUCGCUGUCCCCACUAUCCACAAGUGGCCUGGCUCUGCAUUCACAUUUUUUGCCUGGUUCUGCCUGGACCAAGACCAGUCCACCAUUGGGAUUUGUAGCGGUGGCUCAAAGAGAAAGCAGCUGUAUAGCUUCUUUACAAAUAGCGGCACGGGGUUUGAGGCUUUCAUCACGUCUUCCGGAUUCCUGGUUGUAGCAGUAUGCACGAAGAAGGAGUACACAACGGUUAUCCUGCCCGAUCACUGCUUCUGCGACUCCUUGUGGCACAGUGUGAGCGUUAUACACGUUCCGUCUAAGAGGUCCCUGGGAUUCUUUGGACAAAGCAAUGUAUACAUUUACGUUAAUGGGCAGCUGAAGAUGACUUCCCCCCUGAGGUUUCCUGCUCUGAGUGAGCCCUUUACCUCUUGCUGUAUUGGAUCAGCCGGACAAAAGACCAACACGCCACCCCCAUCCCAAAUUCCAGACCCACCUGUCUCCCCUCCAAGUAACACCAGUAGGACAUCGUUGAGUGGGAUUCUGUCGUCACCAUCGCGGAGCGGGUCCCAAGGAAAGAUCAAUUCCGUCAAACUAAUUUCAGCCGGGACCCAAGAUAGUGAGUGGGGGUCUCCAACCUCCCUGGAAGGGCAACUUGGGUCCGUUCUCAUAUUCCAUGAGGCAUUGCAAGCCGGGCAGGUCAAGGCUCUCUACUUGGCUGGUCCUAAUAGCCUCAGUCCUUGGAAAUCGCAGGACUCUGAACUGACUGACUUGCCCAGCAAACUUCUUCUCUAUUACACCCCUAAGGCCUGUGGAAAUCCCAUCUGUCUGGAUUUAUCACCAAACCUUCUUCAUGGACGACUGACCGGUAACAAAGUCAUGAACUGGGACAUUAAGGACAUGAUCAAUUGCAUUGGUGGAAUAAAUACAUUAUUUCCAAUCCUGGAGCAGAUCAGCUGCAUAGAUGAGUCUGCCUGUGAGAAGUCGGCAUCUCUCAGCCUUCCUCCCGAGCUGAUAACACCGACAGAGGGGGACUUUGUGGUUUUAUCUUCCACGAGGGCUUCAGAGGCUCGUCUGGAAAAGAACAUUGUAGCUACUUUUGUUUUGCUGGUGAAACACUUUAUUCAGCGACAUCCAAUCAACCAGGAGAACUUCAUCCAUUCACACGGAGCCGCCACAUUAGGGGCUCUGUUGCAGAAGGUACCGGGACACCUGAUGGGUGUGAACGUGCUGAUGGGCGUGCAGCUGCUGAUAGAGCAGGUCUCCCUGGAGAAGAAUACGGCCCUGUUGCAGCAGAUGUACCAGUACCUCCUCUUUGAUUUCCGCAUUUGGAAUUGUGGCGACUUUCCUUUCCGAAUCGGACAUAUACAGUAUUUGUCAACCAUCAUCAAAGACAGCAGAAAACUCUUCCGCAAGAAGUACGGUGUCCAGUUUCUGUUGGACACGAUCAGAAUAUGCUAUAGUAAAGAGAGCUCAUUGCCGCUGGAAGAUCUGACCACAAUCCGGGCGUCGCUCUAUGGCCUCAUCAGAUAUUUCCUGAGCAAAGGCGGCACCCAGGAGGAGAUUCAGAGCAUUGUCGGCUACAUUGCGGCCACUGGCGACGAGGAGCAGUUGCUGGGGAUCUUAGAAGUCAUCUACCAGCUCCUGAGCGCCAGCCCAACCCUCGAGCAGCUGUAUCUGCUUCUAUUUGAGCCGGGAAGUGCGGAUAUUCUGUACGCUCUGCUGCUAAACCAGAGAUAUUCUGACCGACUGAAAGAACUUGUAUUUAUGAUAUUGGAGCUGAUGUUGAAUUGUAACAAAGUUUAUGAAAAAAGCAAGCAGCGAAUUCGUCUGAGAGAGGUGGGGUAUUCCGGUCUGGGAUUGUUAGUGAAUGACGCCCCGGUCACCACGUUGCUGAUUAAAGGGCUUCUCAAUCAGGUCCUCAGGGCAGAUACGGUGAUCAACUACAAAGACCUGCUAGCAGUGGUACAUAUGUCCCAUAGAUCGGACCUGACGGUGCGAGUCGCCAUCUGCAGGAAGGUCCUGCAGCUCCUCCAGUACCAGCAGGACGCGGCCGCGCAGAUCGCGCAGCAGCUGGCCUGGCAGGACACAUUUGUCCGGUUUUUCUUGAAGGAAAAUGCUGAAUUUAAGAGUAGCUGGAAAGGAAACUGUACGGAGAAUGUGACACCAGAGGACAGGAGUACAAGGAAUCCGGAGCCGCAGAGGGAAUGUCCUGGAAGGGCGCUUGUGGAUAAAGCGGAUAACAUCAUAUGUAACAGCUGUCGUCCUGAGGACAUCAGGUCCCUAAAUUCAGGCACCCAGUCGGCGUCUACGCUGCUGGAUGAGGAUGAUGCGGCUUUUAGCGAGGCUCAGCUUAAGGUGGAGGACCCGGACGUGUGGCCCGGCGACCACUCGCAUCUAACGUUGGAACUGUCUCCUUUUGAAUUGGGCGAUGGCGAAAACCUGACCUCCGGAAGUUUGACCAGUACCCCGUCUCCAGUAGAGUCUUCCAAAUCCUUUUACAUGGAGAAAGUGUCUGAUGGUAACACACUAUUCCGGGACGACAUCUCUCUCAGUGUAAAUCUAGAGAGCAAAGAGGACUGUGAGGAGGAGCUGCUGCAGCUGCUGACGGACAUUCUGCUGUGCCUCAUGUGGAAGGGCCUGGACCGAUCCGACAGUGCCACAUGGAUAGAGAGAGGACAGGUGUUCUCCGCACUGACACACCUGGGGAAGUCACACGAGCUGCUGCGGCCUGCCGAUGAGAUUAAGCUCAAUUUGUUGGAGAAGAUGCCGGAAUGGGCUGUAACUGAGAACAGAGAGCCCAAAUCUCAGGUCAAUGCGGAGAAUGCAAACAGAUUGCUGCACAUUGUCCAGGACUUCCUGCAAGCAGAGGGCAAGGUGAAGCCCAGCGUGUGGACGGAGAAGCUGCUGGAGGAGAUAGUGACUCUGAUGGACAGUCUGUCCGUGUGGUACCCAGCUGGCCUAGAAUCAGCCGCCCUUUCCCAGGUGGAGUUUCGGCUGCUGCUUGGCUUCAUCGCUCAGGACAAUCUACAGGUGUGCGCCAUGGCCACGGCAAAGCUGAACACCUUGUUGCAGACUAAAGUGAUAGAGAACCAGGAGGAGGCGUGUUUCCUGCUGGGGAAGCUGGAAGGGAUCCUCAGCAAAUCCAUACGGGAGAGAUCCGAGACCUACUCCUUCCUCGUCCCCAUUGUGAGGACGCUGGUGUCCAAAAUCUACCAGCUGCUCUUCAUGAAUCUCCACCUGCCUUCCCUUCCCAUCACUAAUGGUAACCCGUCGCUGUUUGAGGACUUCCAGGAAUACUGCGACUCCGAGGAAUGGAGAAUCUUUAUAGAUAAAUAUAUCAUACCUUAUAUGAAGCAGUAUGAGACGGACACAUACAGUAAAAGUCACGAGCAGAUGGCUGUCUAUUGGAAGGACUGCCACGAGGCGCUGAUGGUGAAUAUUCACAAACGUGAAAGAGAGCGCGGCGAAAACAAGCUAAAAUUCCAGGAAUUCUUUCUGGAGCCAUUUAACAGGAAAGCGCGUCAGGAGAACCUGCGCUAUAACAGUAUGCUGAAACAAAUCCACAGCCAAUCCACGGCCACUCUAAGACAGUGGAAUGCAGCACAGAGAUAUCUCACCUAUGAGCGCGGACCCUGGGCGGACAGAAAGGAGAACUGGGAGCACUGGAAGCUGUCUCAUGUGGAAAACUACUCGCGCAUGAGGCUCAAACUGAUGCAGAACAACAACUUUGAUCUUCACUCUGAAGCCAGUAACCUGCGGGAUAACCUGGGUGUGCAGCAGACAGAACCAUCCAGUGAGUCACUACUGCUGGAAGCUGUGAAGGUGAAAGUCAGUGACUUAGAGGAGGACAGCCUGGAGCUUCCUGAAGAGGACAGCACCAUCACCGUGAGUGAGAAGGAAGAGCCGAGUCAGAAGGAGAAGACCGUUCUGUCAGAGGAUUGUGAGCUGAUCACUGUAAUGGACGUGAUCCCCGGCCGCCUGGAAGUCACCACGCAGCAUAUAUACUUCUACGAUGGUAGCACUGAAAAAGAAGAAGGUGUGGGCUAUGACUUCAAGUGGCUUCUUUCCCAGGUCCGGGAGAUACACUUACGCCGCUACAACUUGCGGAGAUCAGCGCUGGAGAUAUUUCUGAUUGACCAAACAAAUUACUUCCUGAAUUUUAAGAAAGAGGUCAGGAAUAAAGUAUACAGUCGCAUUCUGUCAUUGCGUCUUCCCAAUUUAUAUGGGACCCGCUCGCCCCAGGAGCUGCUGAAGGCAUCGGGUCUUACACAGAAAUGGGUGAAUAGAGAAUUGUCUAACUUUGACUACCUCAUUCAGCUGAAUACCAUAGCUGGGAGAACGUACAAUGAUCUUGCACAGUACCCAGUGUUCCCAUGGGUGCUACAAGAUUACACAUCGGAAGAGUUGGACCUGAACAACCUGGCCGUCUUCAGGGACCUCUCUAAGCCUAUUGGGGUUGUGAAUGAGAGGAAUGCAGCCGCUGUGCGGGAAAGGUAUGAAAACUUUGAAGAUCCAUCUGGAAAGAUUGACAGCUUCCACUAUGGUACACACUACUCCAACGCCGCUGGCGUGAUGCACUACCUCAUCCGUGUGGAGCCCUUCACUACACUGCACAUCCAGCUCCAGAGCGGAAGAUUUGACUGCGCCGAUCGCCAGUUCCACUCCAUCCCCGCCAUGUGGCAGGCCCUGAUGGAUAACCCAAAUGACGUGAAGGAGCUGAUUCCAGAGUUCUUCUAUUUCCCUGAGUUCCUGGAGAAUAAGAAUGGAUUUGAUUUGGGCCGAUUGCAAAUUUCUAAAGAGAGAGUGAAUGAUGUUCUACUUCCAAAAUGGGCCAAAAGUCCUGAAGAUUUCAUCCGCAAGCACAGACAGGCGCUGGAGUCGGAGUGUGUGUCGGCUCACCUUCAUGAAUGGAUAGAUCUCAUCUUUGGCUACAAGCAGAGGGGGCCCGCAGCUGUGGAGGCGCUCAAUGUCUUCUAUUAUUGUAGCUAUGAAGGCGCUGUGGACCUAGACUCCAUUUCAGAUGAAAAAGAACGGAAGGCGAUAGAAGGGAUGAUCAAUAAUUUUGGGCAGACGCCGUGUCAGCUGCUGAAGGAGCCUCAUCCGGUCCGGCUGUCUGCAGAAGAAGUGUUACUGAAACAGACCAAACUAGACAACGCGACACUCAACUUAUUCCAAAACCUGACCGAGCUGAAGUCCUUCUUCAUAAAGGGAAUCAGCGAUGAAGUUCCGGUUGUUAAAGCCAUCGUCCCAAAGAAUCAGCUGCGUUCCUUCAUAUCUCAGGGAAGCCCGGAAGCGCUGGUGACCAUAAGCCAGAACCUGAUUAUCGGGACACAUGGCUGGCUGCCGUACGAUAAAAGCAUUUCCAAUUAUUUCACGUUUACGAAGGAUCAGACUGUGAAUAAUCCAAAAGCGCAACGUUCCGUCUCUGGCCCAUUCGCUCCUGGUCUUGACAUUACCUCCAAGCUGUUUGUGGUGUCACAUGACGGGAAGGUGCUGUUCAGUGGAGGCCACUGGGACAACAGCAUCCGGGUGUCAUCCCUGGCUAAGGGGAAGGUGAUUGGACAGCACAUUCGUCACAUGGACAUAGUGACCUGCUUAGCCACAGAUUACUGCGGUAUUCACCUCAUCUCUGGAUCACGGGACACAACAUGCAUGAUCUGGCAGAUCUCACAGCAGGGCGGUGGCUCUGGUGACCUGCUCCCUAAGCCCAUGCAGAUCUUGUACGGACACACAGAGGAAAUUACUAGUGUCGGCAUCAGCACGGAGCUGGAUACGGCGGUCUCUGGAGCCAAGGAUGGUACAGUGAUUAUCCAUACAGUGAGAAGAGGACAAUACAUGAGGACCAUUAGACCACCGAGCGACAGCUCACUUGUCAUGACUAUUCCUAAUGUGGCCAUCUCCUGGGAUGGGCAUAUAGUCAUCCACAGCAGCUUGGAAGGGAAAGGAACACUUAAGAACAAGAACGCCUUACAUCUGUAUAGUGUAAAUGGGAAGCACCUGGGCACCGAGAGCAUGAAGGAGAAGAUCCUGGACAUGUGCGUCAGUGGGGAACACGUGGUGAUUGGGAGCCGGCAGGGACAUCUCUCCAUACGUGAUCUGUACAGCCUGACUCUCGCUGUUUCGCCGCUGACCAUGCGCGUCCCUAUUCAUUGCGUGUCGGUGACGAAGGAGAGCAGCCACAUUCUGGUUGGACUGGAGGAUGGGAAAGUCAUUGUUGUCGGUGUUGGGAAACCAGCCGAGGCAAAGUCGGGUCAAAUUUCCAGAAAGCUUUUUGGAUCCAGCAGGCGACUCAGCCAAAUAUCAUCAGGAGAAACCGAAUAUAACACUAAAGACUCCUAAACUCGCUACAUCCGUUUCUAAUCCUUUGUGCAAUACUAACACUACACUAUGGGUACAGGCUCUCAUGUGAGACACUUGCGGAACACCCGGGAGACUCUCACCAAUAUCGGGGAGUUUUCCCGGAAUCUUUGGAGAAUAGAAGGCACCUCCGGAAUCUUCUUUCUUGUGAAGAGGAUGGGGCCUGACUGAACCACGCCCACUGCGCAGUAGUCUGCAUCAUCGCACAGCGCUGGCCGGGGCAUAAUCACAUGAAUUCCCCCUGGCGGGAGAGAAAAGCGAGUACCCUCCUACGUACAGUAGGUGACGCUGAGGAAGCCGGGUACAGAGUGGGGAUCAGGACUUUCAUCUCUUCUUGUAAAAUGCCUUAAAUUGCUGCUAAAUGAACUUUUUCCCUUUUGCUGCCAGUUUUGUCUCUUGUAGUAGCAGAAAGGAUAUUUAUGUGAUAUGAAGCUUCUUUCCUGGCACUACACGUGUGUGUGUGUGUGCAAUGUGUCUCAAUGACCUUUAUAUAUCGGGAACAGGGACCACCCUCCUCCUUCAGCGGGAACAGCAACUCCCCUCCACACGUUCCGUUAUAUGGCUUCCCAUGGUAUAGCAGCGCGUUCCCUUCACGUAGUUUAGUCUUAUUUACCUGGGAUCAGAUACUGUAUAUGGAGUGUGUUUCAUAUUACUUGUAAUGAUGGUUUAUAUGGACCCAUAAGUCUUGUAUAACUGACGUCUAAUUCCGGUAAUAGGGAUGAUUACAUUGAUAAUAAUGUGCGUUCUUCUGAUAGGGAUUAGAUCCCUCCAUUCCCUGCCGUGUGCACCUUAUUCCCAUUGUUAUAAGACUUCAGCCUUCCAUGUGAACCGCCUGGAUUAUACGGGAUGAUUGUGCGCAGCCACAGGACGCGGGGGCACCAGGAACUGGAAUAAUCUGAUUGGCGCGCACGUAUUCCAGAUCAGUGGAAAUGUAUUGGCCGUGCGCAGUGUUGAGACCAAGACUACGAGGCUUGUGCGGCAGAAUGGGGCUCAGCGGCGCCACCUCCGACCGGUGCCUUAAAGCAAAUCUAAGUUGUACUUUUAGUAACUGAUGAAACACAUGGCGCAGGAAAAAAACAACCUGCGCAUAUAGGUGUGUCCUAUAUAUAUGUACAUGUAGAAAUACUUUAUUUAUAAUAUACGUUUUAUCAUUGCCCAUUGCACUCUCUCUCUCUCUCUCUCUAUAUAUAUAUAUAUAUAUAUAUAUAGCCAAACAAAAUCUCUUCAGCCUGUGAUUUAAUAAAUACGCUAAUGUUUCAUCUACUUGAA